UAGAAGUGCCCAAUGUAGGUUUUUUUUUUUUUUUAAGGCGGCCCUUGAGGCGACCCGGAAGCGGAAGUGGAAGAAAGUUCUAGUGGGCUGAGGUAGCGGCGGGAGCAGCCGGCUGGCGGGAGAAGCCGUUACAGAAACGGGAGCUGCGGAUUAAGCUUGAUCGAGAUGACAACCUCCCAAAAGCACCGAGACUUCGUGGCAGAGCCCAUGGGGGAGAAGCCGGUGGGAAGCCUGGCCGGGAUUGGCGAAGUCCUGGGCAAGAAACUGGAGGAAAGGGGCUUUGAUAAGGCCUAUGUGGUCCUCGGCCAGUUUCUGGUCCUAAAGAAAGAUGAAGACCUUUUCCGGGAAUGGCUGAAGGACACGUGCGGCGCCAAUGCCAAGCAGUCCCGGGACUGCUUUGGCUGCCUGCGGGAGUGGUGUGACGCCUUCUUGUGAUGCUCUCUGGGGAGCCCCCGAUCCCAAGCCCCAGCAUUGAGUCUCCAGAGUUUGCAGCCUAGUGAGGACUCCUCCUCCGUCCUCUACAAAGGAAGAGAUUGCUGUUGUCGUGCACACCUCCCAUGUACUCCAGGGCCUUUGGGGAGUUCUCUCCCCUCACCAUUUCAA